AUGUCCUUCUCACUUUGGCCUCAUCCCAGUGAUGAUGUCGUCGUCGUUAUCAUCAAAUCCGGCGAAUUAAUCGCCCACGAGGAGGAAAAGUGGAAAAAAAUUCAGUUAGGCCCAAAAAAAAUCGAAAAUCAAAGUCGCGAAAAAUCCCAGGGUAGAGUGGAAAUCGGACGCCUAGAAGCAAAAUCUACUCGGCGAAGCUCUGCCGCGCGCUGCAGCAUGUCUGGAGAGGCGGCGGAUUCUGGCUUUCGCCUCUCUGCCGGUGCGACGGAUCAAGUCCUUGCGGCGACCGCGAUGGGAGAAGGGGCGGCGGGAGGAUGCCGCGCGGCCAGUGGAGUACAGGCUGGCGUCGGAAAAUCCGCUUUCGGCGGCCUGCGACGGCGUGGCAGCAGUGGACUGGUCCGGCGGCAGGCGGAGGAGGAGGGCUAA